AGGAAGCCACGCAUCCAAUGCGCUUUACCGCACACGCCGUCGUUGCUGAAACACCACCUCACGUCCCCCCCCGCUUCUCCCUUUCUUUGCUCCAGUUUUCACGGCGGUAGGGGAAGGGUUAUUUUUUUAUUUUGCUCACAACAAAAAAACAUAUACGUAGUUUUUUUUGUCUUUCUUCCGUCGUUGCGCAGCUCGUAAGACGCGCGGUGGUUGUUGUUGUUGUUGUUGCAAUAACGAUGAACGGAGGCCGAAAUUGAGCCUGGGCGAUCCAGCAGCGGUCGCCGCCGCCGCCGCCGCCAUCUCAUCUCAAUUCUCCUCUCGUGUGAGUCGCGGCCUCUCGUGGCUCGAGACUCGCUCACACCGCGGGUGACUCGGGGAGGGACGUGGAGGGAGGAGGAGGCCUGUAGGCCUAGCCGAGUUGUCUCACGGUGCUGAAGGACACUGCUUUUCCUCAUUGAGCACAAAACGUUGAGGAGGGCUUGCUUGCGAAGACGAGAGGGUCUUCACCGGCACCAUCAUGAUAGAGAGCCAGAGCAGCUCGGACGAUGACAUAUCCAUCCUCAGCCAGACUGAGCUAGAAGGCGAGAAGAUGGAAGGAUCAUCUGGCAUGGAGCCUUUGCGCCUACCCAUGCAAGUUCCAACGCCAUCACAGGGACUUUCGCAUAGGAAUGAGUCCGAGGACAGGCUGGGCUCGCAUGGCGCGCUGCUGGUGGCAUACGGAGAUCUCAAGACUCGCCUGCAGCAGUCCGAACGUGAGAACCAGUUCCUGAGACAGACUGUGCGCACGCAGGACAUGAAGAUUCGUCAGUUGGAAAAUCUGCAGCAGGGGAAGAAUGGAGUGGUAUCUGGCGAUGGAAAAAAUGGUCACGUGAGUGAACAGUUAAACAAGGCCUACCAAGCAUAUCAUGAUAACUGUUUGGAGAAGAAAGAGAUGUUUAAGAGCCUGCAGGCAAAGAACAAUGAGGUGGAUGGUCUGCAGAAAAAAGUUGAGAGCCUGGAGAUGGAGGUGGAGAAGACUGUUGAGCAGCUGCAAGCUCGGGAGGUGGAGCUCCUGCAGAUGGUGACAGAGAGAGAGACAUUGAGAGUAAGGGACCAGCUGUACAGUCCCCAAACACAGGAAAGGUCUCUUCCUUUUGCUGCAUCCCCUGAGGUGGACAUGCAUAGAGAGGUGGUGCAACAAAGCAAAGUGUGUGAGCUAGAGAGCAAGGUCAAGGAGCUGGAGAAAUCUCUUGAGGCUAGUCACAACAGAGAGUUACAACUCACGGAGCGACUAAAAUUGCAGGUUCCUAACUCCUUUACAACUGAAAGUUCACGAACAGAUCAAGAAUUCAUCUCAUCCAAUAGUUUGACAGAAAUGCAGGACAUUUACCUACAACUUUGUGAGGAGUUUUCUAAGUUACAGCAAUUGGCAAAACGCCAAUCAGGGCUGCUCCAAAAACUGGCAGCAAAGAAGCAAACGUCUGGUUUCUCUCCAUUACAAUCCUCGGAAGAACCCCAUUCUCCCGUUAAAGUGGUUUUACCCAGCAACCAUGUAAAUGCAGUUCAUUACAGGAGUAAGAGCAAUGUAUCGGGAAAAGCAGACCCAUUACCCCUGGAAGACACAUUCACUUUGAUCAACCGAGGCUGUUCAGACAAUGGGGCAUUUCAGAGGUUGAUCAUACAGAAUGUGCCCAGCAUGUGUUCAGAGGAGACAGAAGCGGCAUGUGCUGUCUGUGGACAGACAUUUCCCGCUGAGCUGAAGGAAGAAUACAGAAAGCAUUUUCAAGCUCAUUUUGGGAUCAUGUGACCUCUUGCAUUACAAUUGGCUUAUUAACAACUUUGUGCCGGUCCAAAAUAUAGAGAUCACCGAAGGGGAAAAGCCACAAAAUUAUGCAAUUCGUUAUGAAAGUGCACUUUAUUGGAGUCAUACUAUAUGCAUUGCAAAUAUAGUUGGAUUUUGGUAAUCUCAUGGUAUAAAAGCAGACUUUCCACGAGAGGGCACUAUUACACAACCCCAUUGACAUAAGUGCCGUAUAUUGUAACACCAUUCCAUUUAACGCUUCAUAUGGUGUGUUAGAACACCGUUGAAUCAUGUGAAACUGAUUUGUAAAUAUUAUUACUACACAAAGAGUGAUAUAUAAACGAGUAAAUGUGUAUGAAAACCUACAGUUGUGCUCGGUAAAUUUACCAUUGUGAUUUAGAUACAACCUCUCAGCUUCCAAGUUCCAGCUGCCGCUUAUUCUAAACAUUUUUUUUAAACGUUCUGCAAACAGUAAUUCUGCAGUCAUCACACCAUAUGGUUUAAAGAUGUACACUAAUAGAGAGCACUGAAAACACGUCAUUCACUUAUCACGCUUUGUUAUGCUUCAAAAUAAAUAAGACAAAGCAAAAUUGUGUACGUGUAAAUUUUUAGUGAAUAUCUGCUGCAGAUGAGGAAAGUGUUGACCGUUCCUUAAUGUAUUUGUACAAAUAGGAUGAAUACAGAGAUAUGCUGUAGUAUGUGUUCUUGCUGUGCCAUGAGAGUCCGGGAGGCUGGGGAUUGAGGCAGACGCGCCAGCCUCAUUAGGACGUGUCAAAUCCGCCCGAGGCAACACAGCCCACCCGUUGUGAUCACAAGCCACCUUGUUCUACUCCAGCCAGACUGUACACUCCACAUAUGUAGAAUUUAAUUGUGCUUAUUUUGACUGUUCACUUUUUUGUCAUUGUGUGAAUGUCAUUGUGCGGUGUGAAAAAAAUAUAUUGGCAGAUUUGGAACACAUCUACAAAAACGUAGCCUUUUAUGACUAAUGAAAAUAUGUAAAUAACAGGACUUUGAUUCUACCAAAUUUUGUGAUUUUUUUAUUAUUAUCAUGUUAUAACAGGUGUUAAAACACAGUAAUGUACAGCACUUGUUAACUGCUGGAUGACGGCCUCCCCACACUGCGGGCUGUUAUUAUUUGAAUUCCAGAUAUUAAAAUACAGUAAUGCCACAGUAGACACUAUUACAUGUGAUUACUUAACAAUUUUCAACUGCAGAAUGUUUAUGGUAUUCCUUACCCACCGUGCAAGAAGUGUAUUUUGGAUUUGUUGAAGUACUCGCUUCCCUCGCAUAACGCGUGACGUGCAUUCCUGAAAAACAGCGCUUAAGACGAAUCGCGCUGUAUGAAUCCUAUUUUCCCAUAGACAUGUUAUAAGAGGGAAGCGUUUCCAAAGAAAAUUCAAGUGUUUAAUUGCAUUGUUUUCGCCCUGGAUUUACAAAAUACAUAUAAAUGUUAUGCCUUUUAAGCAUUUUGUGCAAUGUUAAUAUUAAGGUGUUUAAUAAAUUGAAAAGAUUACUACUUGCAAAGAUUACUUAAGUAACUUAAGGGCUUCUUGAAAACUUCUGUGAGCUGCUUGUAGCAGCAGCACGUGUAAUGCAGGAGGAGAUCUAAGAUGGCUAUGCCCAACCCUUGACACUGGGCGCUGCUAUGACACGGUGACGCUAUCAGAAAUAUUUGUUAAUUUUUAAUUUGUAUAAUUAACAAUUGAAACUCAAAGCUGUGAAGUAUAUUCCUAAAAUUUGAAUCGCGGUAACUGCGAAUUCACACUAUGGGGAGGGGCGCGUUAUGCGAGAGAACGCCUGCACAUCAAUCAGUCGGUUUUUGUUCUUAGAGAUUUUACAUUUCUGUUCAGCAUUUCAUAAGGAUGCUUUUAUCGCAUACAGACAAUGAUCAUAGUAAUAUCUACAUUAAUUCGCUGGUUUUUGGCUAUGUAAAUGUACAGUGUUGGUAACAAUGUCCUUUACCGAUACAUUCUACUGUAUUUAGGAAAUGCACGUUUUGUUGUGAAUUUAAUAUCAAGUUUAAGAUCUGGAUAUCAUGUGUUACGCUCAUAACUAAGGGUUGAUGGCCAUAACAGAUGCUUUCCAUAUUUUAAGAUCUUCAGCGUCUGUCAUUGAGAGCCCCAUACAACUGCUCACAUUCCAAUCUUGGCCAAGCCAAUUGUAUUUUAACCAUUUGUUUACACUUGCAUACAUGCAGGUUUAAGACGCAAUUGAAUUCACUUUGAGACAUUGAAUAUGCUACUUGCUACAAAGUUUUUACGAUGUUUGCCCCUUUUAUGUGAUGUUACAGAUAUGUAGUCCGAUACAUAAAACAAUGCAAUCAUGAAUUUGUUAUAUACUAAAACAAAUUAACUCAAGAUAGUUUGUGCAUUUGGAAACUACUAACUGUGUAGCAUAUCUUUAGACUUAAUCUCCGUCAGUGGCGUAGUUGUGGUUGGCAUGGGUCCUGGUGCAAGGAAUAAAUUUGGAGCCCCUGUCCAAAUUUCCCCCUCUUGCGCAGCGCCUGAGCCCUUGGUCCGUGGGGCUUUUGUUCAUUUGCACCACAUGCACACUUGAUAUCUGUACCACCGGUAAGAGGUAACGAUAUCUAUGGGUCAUCACCUGCGUUGAGAGUUUUAUUUCUGUGCACUGUGUUGUGGUUGUGCUGGACGUCAGUUACUGGGUUCCAAAUUGUUAAUUGGACUAAAUGGUUAAGACAAUUGAUUAUAAUGUAUUUUUUUACUCACUAAUCACCUUCCAUCAUCUAUACACUGCUAGAUGAAGGCCUUCCCACAACUUUAUAUCCCUAAAGGUCCUGCAAUGCAUUAAGCUCCUGCACAUGAACGGAUCUCAUUCAUCCAUUUUCAGGAUGGUUAUCCUCUCGGGCUUAUUCUCCCCUUAAGCUGCAAUUCUGUUACUAUUUUUGUUCAUCUGUCAUCCCUCUCAAUAAUGUGUCUUGCCCACGCCCACUUUUCUCAAUAGUCAUUUUGAUGUCUCUAGUGGUGUAAUCAGCACUGUGGAGGCAGUGAUGGUGGAUCACACAUGUUGUAAAGCUCCGUCUGGUUCAGCGUCAAGGUGGCCCCAUACCCUGGCUCACCAGAAGGCAGUACGGCAAGUGAACUAAUCGCCAUCUGCUUCCAUAUGUACAGGGAUAGUGUUGUCUCCUUGCGUGUGUGGGGUUUCUCCGAAUGCUCCGGUUCACUCCCUCUUGUAAAAACACUCAUAAAUUGGCUGACAUCUUAAAAUAAAAACCCAGUGCAUGGCCCUUGUGAAAAGAGUCCUACACAGAAGUGUAGCUCUCCUGGAUAAACAAGUAGAUUUCCAAAAUGUGUAAUGACGAACUCAUUUGUUCCGUGGUCCAAUGUGGCUCCAAUCUGUUCUGUAUCGGUGUAUUCCCAGCAUGCAUCAAUGCCUUCAAUCAUGAAUUUCGGCAUUUGCAUUGUAUUUGUCUGUGUCCGUGUUUCUGAUCUAUUGUCACAAUCAGAGUCACGAUUUAAUAAAACAAACAAUGGAUUAUCU